AUGUCUCGCAUGGCUGGAGCUGCAGGCCUGCAGCUAGUAGUACCGGUAAGAGAUACGCGAUAUGACGCUCCCGCUUGCAUCUUCCCACAAUCAUUCAACCAACAACCUUCUUCUCUGCCUUAUCGCUGCUCCGCCAAAACCACUACAACUACCACCUCCAGCACCCUUACGCAGCCCAAGCAGCCCUCUGAAUAUUGCACGCUCUACCCCCCUUUGGCACCUCUACCAUCAAUCUACACCAUGUCUGUCCAGGAAAGAGCCCAGGCACAGCUCUCGCAGCUUGACAAAGAGCUGUCCAAGUACCCCGCCCUCAACAACUUUGAGAAGCAAACCUCCGUUCCCAAGGUGUACGCCGUCCUCGGCCUCGCCGGCCUCUACUUCUUCCUCAUCUUCUUCAACAUUGCCGGAGAGUUCCUUGUGAACAUUGCUGCAUUCAUCGUCCCUGGUUACUACUCGUUGAAUGCCUUGUUCAGCGCCAACAAGGUCGAUGACACCCAGUGGCUAACAUACUGGGUUACUUUUGCUUUCCUUACCGUUUUCGAGAGCGCCGUGAAUGCCGUCUACUGGUUCCCCUUCUACUACACCUUCAAGUUCGUCCUCAUCCUGUGGAUGUCCCUUCCCCAGACUGCUGGUGCACAGGUCGUCUUCCGCUCCUUCCUCCAACCCGUCUUCUCCCGCUACUUCUCCGAGGCUGGCUCGACUGCUGCCAACCUUCGCGCGAAGGUCGACUCUGCUGGCAAGGACCAUGCUUCACAGUCAAGGUCGAAGUUCCGCCCCAAAGAUUACCUGGAGAUAGGCCUACAAGUCAAAUUCUCUUGCGCAGGGGGCAAACUUACUGCGGCAUGUGGCUGUGCGGCUUGGAGACGCUGUAUGAAGUAA